AAAAUGCGUACAACGCAACUCACAACUACGACUUCUAGUCCGCAAUUCAGUUUCCUCCUAAUCGUGUUUGAUAAAUACGACUUAUUAAUCAGUUUUUCCAAGUCUCGUCUGUAUAUUCGUACGUGCAAGGUGCGUUGUCUUGCUCCUUCAUCCCUUGACGAGUCUCUUUAUUUUUCAUAUUAUUUCUUUUUCUUUUUCUUUCAACGUUAACGUUACACCUCUCUGGCUCUCUCUCUAAUUUUGGUAGCUAUUUCCCCCUCCUCCUCUCUCUCUAUUCACUAUUCCACCAUCAGAUCUGGUAUACUGGGAGGAGGGUGGUAUAAUCACACCUCAUCAGAAUCACUUGAAGGGUGCUCGUUUUUUAUAGAGUACCUGGCCUGCUAAGUGUACUCCAAAAUGAAGAAGGCCUUUGGUCAAACUGUGAGAGACAUCAAGCGAGGGGUGAACAAAAAAGUUCUUAAGGUCCCUUCAAUAGAACAAAAAGUGCUUGAUGCGACUAGCAAUGAGCCCUGGGGUCCUCAUGGAUCACUUCUUGCAGAUAUAGCUCAGGCUUCAAGAAACUAUCAUGAGUACCAAAUGAUUAUGGCUGUAAUUUGGAAGCGUAUCAGUGAUACUGGAAAGAACUGGCGGCAUGUGUACAAGGCUUUAACUAUUUUGGAUUAUUUAGUAGCCUGUGGGUCUGAGCGCGUCAUAGAUGAAAUAAGGGAACAUGUAUACCAGAUAUCUACAUUAUCCGAUUUUCAAUACAUUGACUCUAGUGGAAGAGAUCAAGGAAGCAAUGUGAGAAAGAAAUCUCAGAGUCUUGUCGUUCUUGUAAAUGAUAAGGAGAGGAUCCAAGAAGUCCGCCAAAAGGCAGCUACCAAUAGGGACAAAUUCCGCAACACAUCAGUGGGUGAUAUGCAUCAACCUGGUUCGUAUUCAAGUUCAGGAGGGUACGGUGACAGAUAUGAAGAGGAUCGUUAUGGAGGCAGAGAUGAAGAGAGAAAUGGUUAUGGAAGAGAUGAGGAAAAAUAUGGCAGGUAUGGUGACUCAUACAGCCGUGAUGGGGAUCGCUAUGGUAGAGGUUAUGAUGAACGUAGCCGAGAUGGAAACAGGGAUGAUGAUCAUCGUGGAAGAAGUCGAAGUGUAGACGAUUAUAGUUAUGACUCAAGAAGUAGGAGCUCUGACAGAGACAGAAAUCGUGCUUAUGAUGAUGAUGGUCAAUAUUCUUCUAGAGGAAGUGGUGCAAGGGCUGAGGAUCGUUCUCAAGAUGGAAGUGUUACUGAUAUGCGGCUAGAAAGAAGGUUUUCUGAACAAAACCUUGAUGCACCUCCCAGUUAUGAGGAAGCUAUCGGUGCAUCACGAAGCCCCACACAUAGUGAAAGGAAUGGGGAAACACCUUCAGCAUCUGCUCCUAAAUCUUCUUCUCCUCAUUCAAUUGGGAGUCCAAACCAAGCAACCACCCCUGCUCCUGCUCCAACUGCUGCUUCAUUGCCCACUCCA